UCACUUUUACUUUAGAAGUUAGCCUCUCCAAUUCUGCAUUUCUUAAUCUUUAACUAAUUUAAGGACUCCACAUACAACCUCUGGGCCUGUCAGGCACUUGUCAGUUGUUCUACUAGCGAGCUGUUUGCCCUACAGUUGAGCUGCUGGGUGAAGGGGGUGGGUUUAGUAUAUGCUUGAUGUCACCUGCUUCGUUAUUACUGGAACGGUCAAUUUGUGGAGCUUAGAAGGGGCCUCUCAACAAGUUUGUGAUCAGAGGUCUUGUGUUUUAAACAGCGACCCUCCUGAUAUUUUAGAGCUUCAGCUACAAGUUUCAAUAGGAAGUGGUUCUCCGGUUCAGCUAAAGUUACUGGGACGCUUGUUACCAGUUUCUACAUUUAUGCAGCUUACAAACUGUAUUGGUAAUUUCCAUGAUAUCAAUACACAUUGCAUUUGUUUCCUUACAUACAUUUUUUAACAAGGGUAAUGAUACAGUCUAUAUGAGAACAUUUGUAGGUGGAAACAGGUGUGGAUGCUACAACUUUUUAAGGGUAAAACAUUCUGUUUCUAAACAUACUUAAUAUAUCUUACGUUGGGCCCAUUUUUAUGUCCGGUCUAGUGCAUAACAUAACCUUUAAAAUAAAGGUUCAAAAUUUUACACUUUUGAUUCUUCAGCUAUAUGAAAUACAACUUUAAAACAGAAUGGAUUUGCAGGGGGGAGACAGACACAGAGAGACAAGAUGUGUAUCAUGCUUUUGUACUGCCCCUUUUGUUGUAAUCUCUUCCUUUUAGAUGAAGGGGAUGGGGGUUCGCCCACCUUCCAGCUGUUAUUUCCUUGUUUGCAGGGUUACAGAUAUACAACCUCAUUCAGUGAAGUCUCUUUUGUUAUUUGAUAUUUUGGUUUCUUUUGUUAAAAGAAAAUAACACGAGACCGGUAUUGUUGUCUAGGUUUUAUAUAAUUAGCAAUCCUUCUCCCUUAAACCUUGAUCAGUAAGCAGUUGGUUUUUUUUUUAAUAUUGCAUGUUUACAUAUGUAGAUCAACUGCAUGAGGUUGCAGGGAUAUUUCAUCAGCUGUUUGUAAGAUACAUUUCUUGUGAUUUGUGGCCUGGAAUAGUGUGUGCACAGAUUUGCCAUGAGUCCUGACUUGGAUAUUACAAUUUAUUUUUGUAGCAUUUGCCUUAUUUGAAAUGUAAUAGCCAAAAUAUCUUGCAUGCUAGGAUUUUGUUUAAAAUGUAGGUAAAUGUCAGUAUUUAUGGGGGGAGGGGGGUUGGGUGGAAAGCAUAACAAGUAAAAAAAUAUGUUCUCCAUCCACUACAUGAGUAGGUUGUCCAGCCUAUGAGCAAACUUUUACAAUUAACACAGUCCUUCAUCAGAUGUAUGUUACAUGUUUGAAUUAACUGUACGUCUUAAAAGCAGGGUAGCGUAGGAGUGCACACCUUCUAUACAAAACUGUCAGGGAUAGUGUGAAGUUGUUAGACAAUUCCAUAAUUAUAAUAGCCCAUAUGCUAAGUUUUUAUGUGAAGAAAGUUUGAGAAAAGAAAACUUUGAAGCUUUUUGUUUAUACUAACAGAAGAGAAAAGUUCUCCCAAGAAAAAGCUGGUGGCAGGAGUGUAGAGGAGUAGCAUAUGGCAUUAAAAGGAGCACAGCUGGAGGUAGCAUUUCCAUCUGAACAUGAUGUCAGAGCAGCUGACAGCUUGCCAUCCCUCAGCCUUUUAUUCUAACACACAGACAGGGAGUUAGUGUGUGCCGAGCUGUGUUGGGAGAAGGUUAUGAGGACAGUAUGGAGUUUCCAGAACACAGCAGACACUUGCUACAGUGUUUGAGUGAGCAGAGGCAUCAAGGUUUCCUUUGUGACUGCACUGUUCUUGUAGGAGAUGCCCAUUUUCGAGCACACAGAGCAGUCCUGGCUUCAUGCAGCAUGUAUUUCCACCUCUUUUACAAGGAUCAGUUAGACAAAAAAAACAUUGUUUAUUUGAAUAGUGACAUUGUUACAGCUCCAGCAUUUGCUCUCCUGCUUGAAUUCAUGUAUGAAGGGAAACUGCAGUUUAAAGAUUUACCCAUUGAGGAUGUGCUUGCAGCUGCCAGCUAUCUUCACAUGUAUGACAUUGUGAAAGUCUGCAAAAAGAAGCUUAAAGAGAAAGCUACCACAGAGGCAGACAGUACUAAAAAGGAAGAAGACACGUUGAGUUGUUCAGACAAAAUAGAGUGUCUUUCAGAUGGUAGUAGUCACAUGGCAGGUGAUCUGCCAAGUGAUGAAGAUGAUGUUGAAGAGGAAAAAAUAAACAGUAAAACUGACUUAGCAACUGAAUCUGGGAACAUGUGGAUACGUUUGUCCUCAGAUUCUGCAAGCAUUCCCCAGACUGGCGGAGAGGUUGAUACGCACACAACAGCAGCUGGAAAAACAGCAGACAGCCCCUGCAGCUCGACAGGAUCUUUGUCCCAUAGGUCUGCCACCUCCAUGGGAGACUCCACAGAUGUGGACUGUGUGUUGGACCUCUCUGUGAAGUCCAGUCUUUCAGGAACUGAAACACUGAAUAACUCAUACCUCUCAUCACAGGAGAUCUUAAGAAAUAGUUUAGUUCAGGUAAAAAUUGAAAGAGAAGCUUCCUGUGAAGACAAUGAUAUUCAUACUAGUGAAUAUGAUAUUGAGCGGAACACUGUGAAGGAAAAUGUAAGCUCUAAUAUUAGGGCACCAUAUGAGCCAGUUCAUCUGGCGCCAAUAAGGGAAGAUUCAGUCUUACGGGAGUUAGAUCACGAUGACAAAGCAAUCAAUGAUGAUAUGAUAACUCCAGAGAAUGAGAGGGUUCAGAUGGAAGCAAAUAUAGACAACAGUUUGCUCCCUUAUGUGCAGAACAUACUAAGCCCUGCUGGGCAAAUCUUUAUGUGCCCUCUUUGCAACAAAGUUUUUCCCAGCCCGCAUAUCCUUCAAAUUCAUUUAAGCACACACUUUCGAGAACAGGAGGGUAUUCGCAGCAAGCCUACCAAUGAUGUCCAUGUUCCUACCUGCUCGUUGUGUGGUAAGACCUUUUCUUGCAUGUACACUCUUAAGCGACACGAAAGGACUCAUUCUGGAGAAAAGCCUUUUACUUGCACUCAGUGUGGAAAAAGCUUCCAGUACUCCCAUAACCUGAGUCGGCAUGCUGUUGUUCAUACACGGGAAAAACCACAUGCCUGUAAGUGGUGUGAAAGGAGGUUCACACAAUCUGGAGACCUUUAUAGGCACAUUAGAAAAUUUCAUUGUGAAUUAGUGAACUCUUUAUCUGUUAAAAGUGAAACACUGGGUUUACCUGCUGUUAGAGACUGGACCUUAGAAGACAGCUCUCAAGAACUGUGGAAAUAGUAUAUAUAUAAUAUAUAUGUGUGUGUGUGUGUGUGUGUGUGUGUGUGGGCUAAAAGAAUUUAAAUUUAUUGUAACUAAUAUGUGAACCUGGAUGUGUUUUAGAAAAAAAGAAUAAUAAAAUACAAAUUGUAUUUUGCACGUGGCAGGUGUUUCGAUUUUUACAUUUCCUAAAACAUGCCUUAGAUUAUUUUAGUUUUGCUUGUUUCAUAAUUCUUUAAAGGAUUUCCCUCAUGAUGUUUUACUAGUUUCCUAAUAACCUAAUCAACUAAAAGAAACUGUAAUGCUUUUAGAUCUCUCUAUCUUUAAUGUGGUAUAUUCUCCCCUUUUAAACAAAGUAAAAAGGAUUUGGUGAUGUUUGCAGAAUUUUUAUUAAUCCCUAUAUCAUUAAACACAUAUUCUGUGUUAAGUGGGAGUUUGUUUGGGAUUUUAUAUAGUAAAAAAUGUCCAGAGAAGUGUUGAGCUUAAUUUAAAUAGUUUAUAUAUCCUGUAAUAUAUUUACAUUAAUGAGAGAUUGGCAAACAAUUUGUCAAUAAUACUCUUAAAGUCUUGAAAAGUAAUUAACGCUACAGAAAUGCAUGAAGUUUUUUAGCACAUUUUAAUGCAUUGUAUAUCUACAGUUUGUUAGAUAAAACUAAUUAUUUAAAGUACACUGCUAAAAUAACUAGUUAUGAAGAAAAACAAAUGCACUGUUUUAAAUGUUUUUUUUUUGUAUGCUUCUCCAAAAUCUGAUUUUUCACAGUAAUUAUUAUUAAGCUAUUAUACAGGCUAAACUAAGACUUCUGAUAUAUGCAACCGUAAAUAUACAUGUUUACCUGCAGGCUAAAAACUUGCAUGCAUGUAUUGUAUGUUUUUAUUGAAAGUCAAACCUUGGGAUGUGUGGUACAAAUAAGCAUUUUGCCACCUAUUUAAGAAAAUAAUUAAAAAAUUACAGAUGAUCCAUAUAUUCUUCUAUUCUUAUUUAUUUAUUUAUUUUUUAUUUAAUAUUUUCUUACUUUUUACAUUAAGGAUGGAAAAGGGACAUUUUUAAAAAAAAAAUAUGACCAAGAUGGCAUAUUGCCAUGAUUAGAUCUGAUGGGGAGAGUUAUUCAAGCGGCAAUUGCUAGUCGCUGAGAGUUGUGUGUUGGCCAACACAAAGGGGAAGCAUUUUGCACAGUGUUUGUUCUCCUGUGUUGCACUUACAGAAUGCCUGUGACAGUUACUUGCAUAUUUUGAAUUUUUUAUUUUAGUUAAUCUCAUUUCAGAUGCCUUAAGUACUGUAAACAUAGCUUAAUGUUUUUUAAUAUUAUAAGUGGGAGUAACUUUGUCUGCUGGAGUUUGUUAUAUUUGGUUUGAAAAAUCGUGAGCUAUCAUAGAUAAAACCAAACAAAAAAAAAACCUGUGAAAAUGGAUAAUGGAGCAUAGUUUAGUUACUUGAAGUUUUUGUAACAAGUUUUUUUAUGUUGUAAAACAUUUUAAAAAUUUAGGAAAGACAAUCAGUGACUGGAUGAAAUAAGAUUUUUGUUAAACAUUAUUUUGAGUUUGCUUUAGUAUUGCAUUAUUUUGUUGAAAAAACUUUAUAUAUCUAGCUUUGACAAUCAUUGUAUGUUUUAUUUUCAAGAAAUGUGUGUGUGGGGGGGUAAAUUAUAAUGCUGUUUAGUUUUGUAUUAUUGGUGUGUGUGCGGUGAGUUUUUAAACUGUGUACAAUUGCAAUAAAUUGUAUGAACUUGAAAAUAAAAAGUGUUAUCCCACA